GGCCCAGCGCUAGGCCCGGCGCGGCGGGGGGCGGCGGGCGCUGCGCAGAGCCCGGCUCCCCUCGGCGGCGGGCGGAAGGCCGGAGGGCGGCAGCGCCAUGCCCGGCCCGGCAGCGCCGGGGCCCGGCCCCGACCCGGAGGAGAGCUACGACUUCCUCUUCAAGCUGGUGCUCAUCGGGGACGCCAGCGUGGGCAAGACCUGCCUGGUGCAGCGCUUCAAAACCGGGGCCUUCGCCGAGCGCCAGGGCAGCACCAUCGGCGUGGACUUCACCAUGAAGAGCCUGGAGAUCCAGGGCAAGCGGGUGAAGUUGCAGAUCUGGGACACGGCUGGCCAGGAGAGAUUCCGAACUAUCACACAGAGUUAUUACCGCAGCGCCAAUGGAGCAAUCCUAGCCUAUGAUAUCAGCAAGAGAGGCUCUUUCCUGUCCAUUCCUCGCUGGAUCGAGGAUGUGAGAAAGUAUGCCGGUUCCAACAUAGUGCAAUUACUGAUUGGAAACAAGUCUGACCUAAGUGACCUUCGAGAGGUUCAGCUGGAAGAAGCUCAGAGUCUGGCUGAACACUAUGAUAAUAUCAUCUGUGCCAUAGAGACCUCUGCGAAAGACUCCAGCAAUGUGGAGGAGGCUUUUGUGAAGAUGGCUACGGAGCUCAUGAUGAGGCAUGGAGGCCCUAUGUUCAGUGAGAAGAAUACUGACAGCAUCAAGCUUGACAGCAAAGACGUUGUAGAAGGCUGGGGGUGUGGUUGCUGAUAUGAGCUAGGUGAUAUCCCUAACUUUACUGGAAUUUAGAUGGUGCUUCACCCUAAUGCUGAGUAGCAUGGUAGCCAUAUUCUCCUCCUCCUGUGAAACCAGCAAUUUUGUAGAAGUUAGACACAAUCCUGUUUUCUUUGGUGUCUUAUUUUUUAAAAAGGGACUCUUGAGAGGUAGUCCUAAAAGUCAAGCCCUCUGAAAAACUUACUCAAAAUUUGACCCCACCAUUUUAUUUUCUGUAACCUUCAUACAAGUUACAAAAGUGGAGGAAACAACUUUGAAUUGGUGGUGUGGGGUAGGAAGACAGAUAGUUGGGGAAGACUGAUGCACACCCGAAGUUCUGAAGCAUUUAGCACGGGACUGUUCACAAAGGAGGUCACUUCUGGAGUAGGCAAUCUCGACAGUGUCUUUUUAAAUCCUCAGCACUCCACCAAUGACCAGAAAGUGACAGUGUCUUUGAUAAAAGUAUGUCAAGUGUAAGAAUACCCAGCGUUUUGAUCACAGGACCAAAUAGCAGUCACCUGUCCUAGGGCAUAUGGAUUGCUAGUGAGCAUUGGAACAGGCCAGGGUGGUGAAGCCUUCUCUCAGGUUUCGUUAUGAUUUUAUUAUCACUUUAACAAAAAGCAAAAUCAGCCUGAGCAGUAUCACGUGACUUGCUAUCAAGCGGAAUUGGACCAGUGUAGUUAUUUUAAAUACAGCCUCGAGGAGAUGGUAGAUGCAUUUCAUUUGUUAUUGUUUGCACAGUGAUAGCUCCCUUUUCCAAGUGGGUAUCAUUGAGUUUUUGCCCUCAGGUCUCUCAAUUUCAUUCCACAACUCAAGACCUGUGCCACUGGAAACAGGAACUGGAGAAACCUUGAACUGACUGGUAGCCAUGAUCUCCUGCCAUGUGCCUAAUGGUCAUCUACAGGGUUAAUUCUAGCCAUACAUUUGACAUGAUGUUACCAGAGUGUUUACUGCUUGUUUAGAGUGUUUAAGUGGCAUAAGUGAAUUCGAUUUUUAUUUUGGUUUUUUUUAAAACCAUCUGUUUAAAUACAAUCUGGGCAUAUAAUGGGAAAGAAGACCUCAGAAUAGCUGAAAACUGCAUGCAUUGCAACUUCUUGGUCAUAAGCAACCAGCAACUUUUUUAAUGAUUCCUUCCCAACUUUGUACUCAACUGCUUCCCUCUCUCUAUCACAAGUUACCAAUUGCUUUUCAUUUCUUGAGAACACUCAGCAGGAAAUAAUCUUUCACUGUUGAUCAAAAGUCUACAUCGUUAAGUAAAAUAGACUUCGUGAUUCAACUACAUAUAGUUGUCUUUCAGAUUCAGCUCUGUAUUGUAUGUUGUAGAUGCAGUAGAAGUACUGAUGGCAGCAGUCCUCUCUGGAUCUACACUCUCAAGCACCUUACAAAAACGGAUUUGCGAAGGGAGCAGAAGCAGAAUUAUUUUUAACUCUGCAGUUAAAGCAAAAGUGUUCAGAGGUAACAAGUGAUUUUUGCAAUCCUGAUACUUUGAAGAAGCUCAUUUUCAGAAAGCAUCCACUUAAAGUGAAGUCACUUGUCCCUUUUGAAAAUCUUGAUCAAAAAGGACAUGGAUUUGCUUGCUACUAGGGCUACACCAGUUAUUAGCCAUUCAACAUAUCCAGUAUCGUGAAAAACAGGGAGAUUUAAGAAAGGGCUAAUGGAUCCUAGAUUCAAUACUAUUCAUCUUCCUACAGAAUAUAUUAAACCAUUCUCUGGUCUUUCUGGUUUUUUAAAACUAUGAGGUAGAUAAUUGAGGAGUAACAUAUGCUUUGUAGCCUGUUUGCUUCUAAUCUAAGGGGUAAGUUUUCAAGUUUUAUAGUUGUAAGGGUGAAAGGGCCUUAAUUUUUUCAGUUAGAGUAGUUUUCACAAUUCUAAUGUUUUAUAUGGAAGGGCAGGUUGAGCUGCAGUACUUGAUAGUAUUUUUGGGUAGUUUUCCAGGACAUUGCCAGCUCUCCUACAUCCAAAGGUAACAGGCAAUAAGUGUCCAGCAGUAGCUGGACACUGAAAAUGAGAGUUUUCCAAACACUAGAUUUGUUAGUGAUUAGCAAACCUUCUAUUCCACUCUUAGGAGAAACUAUGAAGACAGGCCAAGCUGAAACUCGGUCCUGACGACUGCUUUUCCUCCUGGUUAGGUGGUCCUUAAGAUACAGAAUACUAGUAAGCAUCUGACUUUAUGUCGUGACAUAUUAUAGUUUACAUCUGCAGGUCACAGUCCUGCAGUUCUGCAUGCUUGAACAUGGACCCUCAGAUAAGCUCAGCCUCCCACUAUUUGCAGGAUUAGUGCCAAAUUAAGCCAUGCUGAUAAAACCUCACACACAUUUAAGAACAGUAUUGCUACUACUCAGAUUCAAAUCAUUAGUUUACAUAGUAACUCGUCCUAAAACUAGAGCAAGAUGCAAAAUGAACAUAAAUCCUGCUUCCAAUGCAGUCAGCGAAUGAUUGUGUUUUUAACAGUAGAUGGAGAACUAAGGAAUUACUGAUCCAUUUCCUUAGUUUUGAGGUUUGUUUAGUAAACAAGUAGAAUUAGACCAAGCACUAUUCUUUUCCUUAAAAUUUGUAUAUCUCUUAAGCUAGUCUUGCAGGUUGAGACUCUGUCUGCAGGUUAGUCUGUUUCAGUCAGAAAACAUGAAAUACGGCAUCAGUGAUUUGUUCGCUGUGCUUUCAAAUGAAGGCAGCAAUUCAGGUUAGUUUUCAUUUUGCUGUAGAAAACUAAGACUAUGGCUUUAAGUCAGCUUUGUCUUCUAACUCUUGGCUCUUCUAUGUUGUAACAAGUGUAAUACAAGUUUGCAUGCCCUACCUAACUGAAAAAAGGGAACAAAGAAAUAGACUGAAGACCUGGUUUAUUUUUUCAGGUUAGUAGCAGAUACCAAUGACAGUGCUUGGGCUGUCAGUAGUAAAAGGCUAUUUCAAUUACCAAACCCUUUCUUUGCCUAGUAGUAAUAGCACAAUACUCACUAGGCUGAUAGCUUCUUGACCAGAAACAAAUUAACUUAGAGCUUUUUGGUCCCCUUCUGAAGACUUCUAAUAAUUCACAUGCAUAGCUAUGUAAUUUAAGUUUUAGGAAGACAGUCCUGUUACUUUAAUUCCAUUAAUCCUAUUGAAACCAAAAGGACACCUGGGUGAAGAGAGUGAGUAGCAAUAAACCUGAGACUUACGGGUAAAAACCUCGGUUUCAAAUCUAAGGUUACAAAUGUGCUCUGAUGUACAUUGAGUGAAUAAUUCAGUAGUGCGUGAUCAGAGUUCACAGCAUAAACAUUUGCCAAGAAACCUGUUUACUGGCAAUUGAACAUUAACAAGACUAUGGUGCAGUAAUUGCUUUUAAGCAGAUCUCCUUGGCUGACCAUGUAUUUGCAUUAGUAUUUAUCAUUUAUUUUUGGCAGUACCCAAAGUGUGCAAAGUAUUACAAAAACACAGAAGGGGACAUUGAUCCCUGCCUUGUCACAGUUAGGAGUGGAAUGCAGAGUAAAUACUGAAAUGAAAUCAUCAGCAGAAUGUGGUUCCCAGGAGCAUGGGCACUGUUAUCCUUUGUAUUGAUUUUGUUUUAAGCUAAUUUUAUCUCCAGUUACUUACCCAGUCCAUCAUCACGGAUGGAACUUGUACAAAUAUUUAUAUUUAUAUAAAUAUAAUACCAAAUAAAUGUUAGCCCAGAAAGCUGCUAACAUUUGCUCUGCAAAAAAAAUUUAAAAAAUGAAAAUACUUACGAACAGCGGAAAAGUCCUAAUGAUUUUAUCAUUCUCACUGUACUGGUAAGCAGGUCGCUUUUGGAGGAAGGGGAAACUAUAAAACUAAAUGAAGCCCAGCUAAUACUGUAUAGAUUUCUGAGAACUUCACAAAAGGUGGAGCUCUUGCUCAAAUUUUUUAUUUGCCUUUAAAGAUCAUAUUUAUUUGAAGAAUAAAACUGAUCAUCACGUGCAAUAUACAUGCAUUACUGCAGUAGUACAUGACAGUAUGUAUGCACUCCACAGUAGCACCCUUAAAUAACACUAAAGCCUUGAUUUGCCUCAGGAUAUGCUGUCCCACUAAGAUUUACACCUCUGUUACUUAAUCUCAUAGUCCCAGCCACUGACCAUUUGAAUGUCUUUUGCCAUCUCAUGCCAAUCAUGAGGGAACUGGGAGGUAAUAACAUUAUUAGUUUCUCUUGAUAGGAUUGUUUUAAUCCAUGUUAUGAUGGCAGUCUCUUUAAAUCAAAAUUAAUUUUAAUUUAAUUUCAUUAAUAAAACUUGUUUAUCUUUACCUGUCCUGCUUCCAAAACCUUUAUAUAUUAACAGACCACUGAAAUUUACCCUGUUGCAUUAUUUUGGGUAAACAGUGUGCUGGAAGAAAAUGAGGUGAGAACAAUACACACUUUGUGAAACUUAAAAAUAGAAUUACUCUCCUUUUGGCGUCUUCCAGCCUUGGAGAGUGCUCAGUUUAACCCCUGUCAGUCAUUCUCUGUGGAAACUUCACAGAAACAAACCGGGUAACGGGCAGAGAAUAAACAGGGAAAAUCCAAGGAAACUGGAGCGAGGAUGUACUCUUGUGAAGAGGUAGUUCUCGCACGACUCGCUUUGCCCUGGUAGCUGAUGAUGACCACGUAGCUUGUAUUCCCACCCUGGUGGUACAAGAAGUGAGGCAAUUAAAGAGCAACAGAUGCAAGGACAUGUGUAGUUCUUGGUGGAAUUGACAGAAAAUUAAUCUCAAAGUUCAGGCUAAUCACACUAACCACUUAAUUAUCCUUUCUCAAAUGAUACUAGGUUGUUUCAUCAACUAAAGGGCAUUCUGGAUUUACAGAUUUGAAAAUGAAACAUGCUAUAUUGUUAAUGUAGAUUAAUAGUUACAUUUUAUUUGUUGUACAAAGUAUAGUGACUUCAGUCACAGAGCACGUGCUAUAUUGUUAAUGUAGAUGAAUAGUUACAUUUUAUUACAGUUGUACGAAGUAUAGUGACUUCAGAGUCACAAAAGCAGAGUCCUUUAUAACUGGGCUGUUCUUAGAUUUGACAAUUCUUUUCCAUGCUGUAAGAAUAGAUUCAUAGAUUUAAGAUAUACUGUCUCAGUUUUAUUUUUGUAAUAUCUUUUGGUGCUGAUCGUUCCACUGAGAUUUCAGUUAAAGAACCAGCCUCCUGGGUAUCUUAGUUUUUACUGGCCAGGUAAUGUUAAAUUUCUUCUAACUCUAUUGAAUUGGGUUAUAGAGCUAUUUGAAGCAGCAAAAUAAUCUCAGAUGGAAGCAUUUAAUUGCAAUCCCCACUGUCUACUUAAAAAAAAAAACAAAAAAAACCCAACAACAAAAAACCCCACAGAAGUAUUCCACAACUAGAUAUUCUGAUAUGUGGCACAAGUUUAGCCCUCUGCAUCUUUUUUAUCAUUUCAUUUUAUUUUACUUGGAAAAGAGCAGAGUUACAAAAUGAAAACCAACCAACCCAAAUGUAUGUUUGCUGUCCAUGGAAUUGUUGCCAGAGGUUAGAUAAAAAUAGCCAGUAUACUCUCCUAUCUUGAUCUUAGAUAGCAUUUUUUUAAUAUGACUGCAAAAUGUUAAAAUGCACUUUAAAAAUAAUUCUUUGAAGCACAGAAGGGUUGCAUUUUUUUUUCACUGUAUCUUUUUUCACAAGGGUUCCUAUUACUUUAAUACUGAUAAAGAAAGUUACCUGUAUGACAUAAGUAACUUCAGGCAUCACUGAAGACUGACUGUGUCAACAAUUGUCUGGUUUUUCCAUAUGAGUCAGUGGCCAGUGGAAAACAAGGGAACAGAAUAAUUUCACUAGAAUGAGAAAAGUGAAGCCUGACUAACAAUCAGGGAAGAUUUUCUAGUCUGAUUGAAUGUGUUAGGUUUAAUUAAUGCUUACUCAGUUCAAAGAAAAUACUUUCCUUCCCAAAGGUAAAAUAACAGACUACACAAAUAGUUUGGGGUUUUCCUGUUCGCUUUUUGUACAACAAAAAUGUGGCUGCUGUCUAUACUGAAGAAGAAUGGACUGCUAAACUAGUUAAGUGUUAAGGUAACAGCAUAGUUUAACAUUUGGAGAGCUGUUAAAUUGGCUUAAAGCUGUAUUUAGAACCUAUUCCUUCCACUAAAAGGUGAAAAGUAUGUCUCUCCCUGAGGACACUAUUGGAAAACUAGAAGAUUCAAGAUUGUACCUUGAUAAAAAUUUAUUGAGGCUCUCUUUAUCAUUAAAAAAGUCACUUUCCAUGUUCCUUCUGCAAGAUAUUUUUAGACUUCAGUUAUUUCCAAUUCGAUUAUCCAGCUGAACUGCUGACACUGAUUUCUACUUUCUUUCAACCUCAAAUUUAACAGAAAACUGAGGAUGAAACUUCCUAUCACAAAGUGCUGAAGGGCAACCAGAUUCUAACCAAUAGGUUUUUGCACAUGUAUCGCCAUCACUCUCCUGCUCCUGUGACAGUUAAUAUCUGUAAUGCGUGUAUGUAACACACCGUACUCUGAAAUUAGCCAAGUCCAGCUUUGCGACCAUUCAUCCGGGUAGGCAGUGUAGGUCAGGGAAGGUAUUAGGCAGGUACAGCAGCUCUGCAAAGCUGCUUCUGUUUAAGCCACUUCUGUCUAGGGCUUACCUAGCCCAUUCAGAAUUUGUUAUUACAGCUAAAUUACUACAUGUGAACUAUUUGCUUUUCCUUUAGUCAUAAACAUUUAAAAAAUUCUACAUUUAGAUAUUUUAAUUGUAAAGCCUCAACUAGGACACUAAGAACAGUAGUCGCCCAAUUUAAGCUUUCAUAAGAACAUACACCUUAUCAUUGACCGCUCUGUAGUUUAAACCAUAAUUCCCCCAUGGAACUAAAAUACAUCUUGAAGUACACACUAUACAGAUGUAACAGCUAGCUAAAAGAAUCUGAUUUUAUGUAAAUUUUAGCUUAAGAGAAAGUACCUUACAUAUGACCAAAAUUAUGGCAAGCUAGCAGUUGUGAUUUCUAAUUGUUCAGUCAAUUCUUUUUAAGACAACUGACCAACACAAUCGGUACACUUCCAAAAGUCAGUCUCUUCAGUAACCACUAAGUAACAGCCUGUUACACUGCACUGUGCUGCAGAACAUGUGAUGAUCAACACUCAUUAUUUCUGCAAUAAAUUUGAUGAGCAAUAUAAACUUACAUGAACAUGUGAGGGAGUGAUUUGGGGUUUCUAAACUAUUGUAUGUGAAAACAAGGGUAUGAAGGAUUGUCCUUUGAACACGGCAUGCAAACUUGUCUUGACAAUUUGAAGGUACUUUUAAAAAGUGAGUUAAGAGCUGAAUUUUCAGACAUUAAAGCUGCUGACAGAUGCCUACCAAUGUCUUCAAAAGUAUCUAGUUAUCAUUGCAAAAAAACACAAAACUGGUAUGGAACUGGUUUUGCACUAAAGGGAAGUAGUUAUCAGGAAAAAAAAAAAUACAUUAAUGUGAAAGGUAGAGCAUCCUUAUUAUUCUGCAUUUUUCCUGUUCGCUCCCUAGUCCAAUGCUGUGCAUAAGCAAGCAUUUUUCCCUUUAUAAAUGGUAUUAAAAUAGAUUAUUCUAAGUGUGAAAAGUAGUUUGAUACUUGACAAAAUAAAAUGCUAUAUACAUUUUCUUAAGAGAGUGAUAAUAUUGAUGAGAAUAACUUUGCUAACACAGUUUGGUGUGGUAAUAUAAGGGAUUCACCAAACAGCUGAGUUGGAAUGGUACAUACACGUACCGUUUCAAAACCGGAGGAAGCCAACGGAUGAGAUCAGACACUGUCCUGCUUGCCAGGCAUAAAGUAGGUACAGACACAUACUGAGCAGAAGUUGAAUUUAGUUAUUUGUAACAGUUUUUAAAGAUUUCUAUUUUGUAAGUCAGUAAGGAGAAACGCUAAGAUUUUUGAUAGUCAGAUACGCUCAGUGCUGUCAACCAGCUUUUCCCUCCUUUGUGCCUCACUGGUAUCUGGCAGACAGAAACCCCACAACUCCAGAGACUAGAUAGCAUUGGAGUGAGUCUGGCUCACACACCUGUUGGGGAGAAAAUAAAAAUCUCUUAAUUCAUAUUGAAUUCAUUCACUGCAUUCCAAAAUUAUUUCAGGGGUUUGGAUGAUAACAGUGUUAAAAUUAUUCUGCAUUUUCUAGGACAAAUCUGUUGCUGUUUCUCAAGGUUUCUUCGAGAGAUGCAGGCUGUACAUUUCUAAUCAUCCGUAAUGACUUUGCUUUUAAACUUUCUUAUCACAGUACUGGCUAGAUCAUUUGGAAUAUGAGACAAGGGAGCAAGCUUGCAUACUACAGUAAUUUUUUAUACUUUACCUUCAUCUAUUUAUGGAUUUAUCAUGAAAAAUAUUUUUAAACAUAUGAAACCUGCUUUUUGUUGUGAAUUUUAGCAAGGUAGUGGAUACAUUGUACUGUGUAUCAUUAAAAAGGUUCAAUUAAAGUAAACAUUUGGCAAUUAA